AUGGCCCACGACGAGGAGAGUCGGCCGCUCCUGCGAGGAGACGGCGAGCAGGCGAAGCCCAAGGCAGGAGGAGUCGCAGCGGGUUACAAAGCAAUGCCGAUCUCGUUCCUGGCGUCGUGCGCGAUGGCGGCGACGGCGGCAUCGACGGUGUACGCGUACGCGCACAUCCUGUGCCGGGACGCGUCGCGGUGCGAGGACGCGGAGAAGGCGACGUACGCGUCGGCGGUGGCGGCGGCGACGACGGUGGCCAACGUGUGCGGGCUGGUGGCGGUGGGCAUCUACGAGCGGAUGCCGACGCGGGCGGGGCUGGGGCUGUGGGUCGGGCUGCGGGCGGCGAGCGUGGUGGUGCUCGCGGCGGGAGUGCUCCGCAAGAGCAUCGUCCUGGCUCUGGGCGCGCGCGUGCUCGAGGGGCUGGCCACCGACAACACGCUGCACAUGACGCUCAACGCCCUGUACGCCCGGGCGGCCGACCAGCGCGUCGUCGGACGGCUGAUGUCGGCGUCGCUCGCGCUGUACAUGGCGGGCAUGGCCCUCAGCCCGGCGCUGGCGGCGCUGCUGGCCGACUUCCGCGUCUCGUUCGCCGCCGCGCUGGCCGUCUUCGCCGUGGCGGCUGCGUACCUGGCCGUCGUCGGGCGCCUGGACGAGCCCAAAAUCAGCAGCGGGAGCAGCAGCGAGAGCACCGGUGAGAGCAGCAGCGGGAGCAGCAGCGACGGUGGGCACCGAGGGGGAGGGAUAGUGCGGCCGGCGGUGUACCUGGGGUCGGACGCGGUGCUGGCGGCGCAUGGCGGGGCGAUGCUGCUGUACAAUGCAGGCGUGUCGUACAUGUUCCCGGCGCUGAUGGUGCACGCGACGCUGCGGUUCGGCUUCUCGGCCAAGCACAACGGGCUGCUGCUGUCGGUGGCGGCGGGGUCGUCAGCGCUGUACCUGGUGGCGGCGGCAUGGGCGGCACGGCCCGGACGCAACGCAGCAGCGGCGCUGGUCUCGCUCGCGGUGCUGGCGGCGGCCAUGUGCGGGCUGGCGACGGUGCCUGUGGCGUGGGCGCUGUUCCCAGGCGUGGCGUGUGCGGCGCUCGGGCUGGCGGCGCCGUCGUUCGUCAAGGCGCACCUGGUGCAGCGGCGGCCGCACGACUCGCUGGCGGUUGCUGCGCUGUCGGUCGCCGAGGGCGCGGGCAGCCUGGUGUCGGCGCCAUUGCUGGGCGGCUGGCAGAGCGCGCACCCGGGCGGCAGCGUGCUGUUCGUCGCGGCCGGGCUGGCGUUGGCGUCGGCAGUGGUGUUUGCCGUGGGCUGUCGGCGUUGA